AUGGCUGACAGCGAUGGCGGAGGGGCAAUACAAACCACAUUUGCCAGUGUGAGCAAACGCAAUGCCGGCAACCACGACGAUGAAGCGGACAUUCCGUUGGUGGCUGAGUUCAUCGAUGAGGGUGCCAUCAAGGGCACUGAUCUUAAGCUUUGGAAGAGCGGUAUGUAA